AUGGCGACCCAUCCAACCAGACCACGGGAACAGGAUGACCGUCAGGACAUUGACGAGGCCAUUCCCUCAAAUGGGUGUGGCGGCUGUUUUCGGCUAUUCGGGUUCAGGUUCGGGUUCAAUCGGAACGGUAAUUACGAAGGUAGAAGUCUUCUGCAGCAGCAACGGGGUGGGAUGGUGAGGAAAUGGAAGAAGCUGAAGGAGGUUUCAGAAAUGGUGGGUGGACCCAGAUGGAAGAACUUCAUCAGAAAAAUGGGUGGCUUUCUUAAGAGGAAAAAACAGAGGAAAAACAGGUUUCAGUAUGACCCUGAAAGCUAUGCUCUCAAUUUCAACCACGGUUUCGAUGGGGAAGACGACGAUCAUCAUCCGCCAAUUGCCUUUUCUACAAGGUUUUCUGUUCCUUUAGCUUCAAGUAAUUGUUGA